CCUUCCCGAGCCCGGCACCUCCAAUUCCUUCCUUCACCUUUUAUGGAUGAGGGAAGCAGCUGCCGGGGCCCGAAUUACCUGGGAGGAUUUGGUUUUGCUGCAAGGGCCUGAGUGCUCCUCACACAAACAAGCUCCUGGAGAAAGGAGGGAGCAGACAGAGGUAGGAAGAAGGAGAGAAAGGGAGAAGAAAAAAAAAAAAAAAAAAAAAAAGGCCAACAGGUUGAUCUGGAUUUCCAUCAAGGGUUCCACCCUCCUCCGUUUAAUGAACAUCGCAGAACAGGUGUUUGGAAUUCAUUACCAGCCCACGAGCCGGGAAUCGCAGCAGCCCGGCUGCACUGCUCGCCCUUCUCUCGGAGGCAGCAGCCGCAAACCUCCAGCCCUCUCCUCCCUCUGCCUUUCCCUUCCCCGGAGCCGCAGCCCGGGCAUGACCAACCCCUGCUCUGCCUUCUCCAGCGGCUCGCUGUGCUCCGGGGAGGCGGCGGCGAGGAUGAGCCGCGGCAGAGGCGCCGGGAGCCCGACCCCGGAGCGCCGCAGCCCCGAAGGGGGGGCCAGCGAUGGGCACGGCUCCCCGGGCAGCGAUGGGCACGGCUCCCCGGGCAGCGAUGGGCACGGCUCCCCGGGCAGCGAUGGGCACGGCUCCCCGGGCAGCCUGCUUUACCCCCCGUUCUCCGGGGACUGGCGGCUGCCGCCCCCCGUGCGCCUGGACAUCGACACCGACUUCCAGGCCGUGCGGCAGCAGGAGAAGGAGGACAUCAAAGUGCUCAACAACCAGUUCGUGACCCUGAUCGAGAAGGUCCAGAGCUUGGAGCAGCAGAACAAGGUCCUGACCACCAGGUGGAACUUCCUGAAGGACCAGGACAAUUCCCACUCCGACUCGGACAUCAAGGCCAUCUACGAGCAGUACAUGAGCAAGAUGAACCAGGAGAUGAAGGCUCUCAACUUCGAGCAGGAGAACCUGGAGUCGGAGCUGGCAAAGGUCCUGAGCACCAUGGACGCCUUCCGGAGCAAGUACGAGGAUGAAAUUCGCCUCUGCAGCGGGAUGGAAUUCACCUUCAUGGAGCUCAAAAAGGAUUUGGAUGUGAGCACCUUGCACCGCACGGAGCUGGAGGUGAAGCUCAAAGGGCUCCAGGAGCUGCUGGAGCUGAAGAAAACCAUCUACGAGCAGGAGCUGGAGGAGCUGCUGACGGAAAUCAAGGACAUUUCCGUGGUGCUGGGCAUCGACAGCUGCUCCCGGCCGGACCUGGGCAGGAUCGUGGAGGACGUCAGGGCCCAGUACGAGGCGCUGGCCCUGCGGAGCUGGGAAGAGGCCGAGGCCCUCACCCGCAGGAAGCUCACGGACAGCAGCUCCCAGCCCGGCUCCCUCGGGGGGCACCUCCUGGACAGCCGGAGGGAGAUCGCGGACCUGAACAUCCGCAUCCAGAAACUGCGCUCCUGCAUCGUGUCCCAGAAGAGCCAGUGCCUGUACCUGGAGGAGCACAUCCGCGAGGCGGGCGAGCAGGGCGAGGGCACCCUCAGGGACGCCAAGGCCAAGGUGGCGGGGCUGGAGGAGGCCCUGCAGCGCAGCCGCGAGCACAUGGCUCACCUGGUGCGCGAGUACCAGGAGCUCAUGAACAUCAAACUGGCCCUGGAUGUGGAGAUCCUCACCUACAGGAAGCUCAUGGAAGGGGAGGAGAACAGCAUGGAGCAGCCCAUUCCCACCGUCAUCAGCGCCGUCCACUCCCGCCCAAGGCCCCUCUCUGCCAGCACCCUGCGGAACUCCCGGCUGUUCUCCAGGGGCUCGGGGCACACGGAGCCCGGCGGAGGCGGCACCGGGAGCCCCGGGAGAGCUGCAGGGUCCCCUGCAGGGACCCAGGCCAAGCCCAGCGCCGGGGCCCCCGGGCAGGGCCCGUAGGAGAACGGGAUGGACACAGACACAAAGCACCCGGGAAGCUCUUCCUCCUGAACUCCAGCCCGCGUGCAAGGGAUGAAGGAUGAGGAUCCUGUCCAGGCUGUCCCUUGUCUUUCCACCCUCCCAAUCCGCAGCUCCAUUCCCAGUUACCAGCCCAGGACUUUGGGGACUCUCCCAUUCCCUUCUCCUUCCUCUCCAGGGCUCCCUUCCCAGGGGAUUUGCAGUCACCCCUUGGAAUGUGCCCAGCAGGAGAAAAGCAUUCCCAGCCCAGUUUCAGCAGCUGCCAUGGUCCCUUUACUGGUGUUGCCAAACCUUUUCCCUGCUCCGAGGGUGAUCCCUAAUGGGGCUUCCAAGGAAAUCACCAUCCCGGUUUCCACACUGGGGGAGAGGGAGGAAAACAACCCCAGGGAUGGGUUUGUCACCUGGAUUGACAGAGCUGGUGACACCCUGGGACGGCAGGUGACACCUUGGCCACCUAAGGGCAUUUCCCUGUCAAAACUCUUGAUUUCCAUAAUCCCUCCCUCUCUCCAGGCUCCACGCAGCAGCUCCAGCUCCUAAAAUUGGGGAAUUUGCUCCUAUUUAACUGCACUGGGAACAGCCCAGUUUGGGAGGGACCUCAAAGCUCAUCCCAGUCCCAUCCCUGCCAUGGCAGGGACAUCUCCCACUGUCCCAGGGUGCUCCAAGCUCCGUCCAGCCUGGCCUUGGCACUGCCAGGGAUCCAGGGGCAGCCUCUGCUGCUCUGGGAAUCCCAUUCCAGGGCCUCACCACCCUCCUAGAGAAGAAUUUCCUUCCUAAAAUUGAGUCCGAAUCUUCCCUCUUUCAGCCUAAAGCUGGAAAACUCCCUUGCCUUUGUAUUUAUUGACCUCAGCUUGUACCUGACCCAGCUGCCCCCACUGGCUAAUCCCAAUCCCAGUGCUCCAGAGCUCCGGGAGCCAGCCCUGGAAAUGCCUCAUGGCCCUCCCUGCGGCCUCUUCCCAACCUCACCCAGAAUCCUGCAGUAUUUCCCUCCUGGCUCCAGCCACUGCCACGCAGCCCCCCCAGAUUCCCAGAUUCUGGCUCCCCAUUCCCCCGUUCCCCUAGGAUAGGAAGCACAGCUCUGGCUCGCGGGGUUUGGCUGUCACAAUAAAGUUCUGUCACUCGGAAUCCAA